GCUCACUCUGUUUGCCCAGUCGAGUGCCAGGCAACCUGAACGUUUGGACGGAGGGCCCAAAUCACAUCUUGUCAUGGCGCACGCAUCUGCUGUUCCGAACCGACAGCGAGUCCAGUUCUUGUUCAGUGAUUGGAAGGGAGCCCCUGAGGCUCAGGCACAAGAAUAUCUACCGACCCUCGACUCGGUCAGGAAAGACAUUGCGAGAAUACCUGCUGUUCGAAACAACCUAUCAAGGCUGCCUGCACAAGCUCGCGUACGUUUCAAGGAUCUGUACACUGGCGAAGUGUGUCAGGACCCAGCAUCACCCUCCCUUCUACUCAAUCUUCAUCUCUACGAACUGUUCAAAUACAGUUAUCUCAUUGAUAUCGAUGAUGUCCCGGAAGACAUAUUGAGGCCGGUAGUUUGGGCUCUGGAGAUAAUGACCGUCGUUGCCUCUGAAAGCACAGACGCCCAACUCAUCGCUGCUCGUCUUAUCAGAACUGAGAACAGCGUGGCUGACACCUUGAGCGGGCAGGCUGCGACGCAAAGCGUUAUAGUGAGCAACGGAAGAUUUAUCCUGCGCAUGCAAACCAAUGUCAAGCUCGCAGGUCUCCUUUUGAAAUCGAAUGUGAACAAACCAAGAGAUGCCGUAAAACACUUGGAGUCAAUAUUAGAAGAGUUGCGCUCUCGUACGUCACCUGGUCAAUUCAUCACAGCACAGCGUGAUAUCCUCGUCGUUUAUGCAGAAGCCUUGACACGGAGUGGCGAGGAUGAUGUAAAGGCACAAUCCCUGCUCGAACAGCUUGUCAAAUCACCUGGGUCGUCAAAUGGAGUACACGAACUGAUCGCCACGAAAGUUAACUUGUCACGAGUGUUAAGGCGGCGUGGAUAUGCAGAUGCUGCAAAGGAACAAGCGGCUUGUAAAGUGGUUUCACAAGAACCCGCACUUGUUGCCUGAUGCGUGGCUUCGAGAGGUCUUGAUCCCGAUCGGCGAAGUC